CUACUUACUACUUAUUGUACUUUACUUAUCUGUGUGUUCUUACUGUUGUCUCUGGUGCUGUACUGCUGCUGCUGGAGCUUAAGGGAUUAAUCAGGUUCUAUCUAAAUGCAACCACGGUAUCGAAAGUAAAAUGUCAUAAUUUCCACCGAGAGAAAAACAUAAUCAAACUUCUCAACUUUGCUUUGAAACAGGUUUGAAAAGUCAGUGACAGUUAGUGACAGUUGAACUCAGUUUUUCUGUUUUCCAAUCAUGAAAACAAAGAACUGAAGUUAAAAAAGCAAAAGUGAUUUGACCUUCACGCUCGAACUUCAGAUGACUUUCUCAUUGCCAUUACCUUGAGUCUAACACUUUAGACAAAUACACUACUGGCAAUUCACAAUGUGUGUGAGCGUGUGUGUGUGUUUGUAAAAGGUGAUCAGUUUAAAAUGCAUUUUUUUAUUUUAAUUCUCUGACACAUAGAUUAACCUCAUGUCCUUGACCUAGUUACGAAAAUCUCUGAGCUAAAACAACAGCCUUUCUACCUAGUUACCACACUCUCCUCUCUCUCUCCGUCUUUCACACACACGCACACACACACACACACACACUCCGUAUCUGACAUUUUUUCCCCAUCCUCCACGAUGAAAGAAGUUUCCUCUUUUGCCUAGAAUCCGGUCAGCUGACAGAACUCAUGGCUUGUCAGUAACCAAUGGGAGAGCAGCAGCAUUGUGUGUUUAGGUACAACACUGAGUACUAAGUAUCAAGGUCAAGGAGACAUGCGAGGAAGGAGGAAGGACAGACGGCACAAGUUUAAGAUAGAAACAUGCUUGAAAAUCAAAACAACAAAAAAAAAAACUACCCCCAAUCAAGAAGCGUCAUCCUCAUGACUGAACCACAGUGGAGCCAACUAUUAUCUGACCACUGACCAGUGCAGCAUCAGCAGUGCAGCCAGAUUCUACCCUGCACUACCCACCCCACCCACCAACCUCCGCCGCCUGGUGCUGCUCAGUGUUUGGUCUGAUCAGAGGGGAGCCAAAAAGGGAGGUGCACUGGGACGAUAGAAGGGAAGAAUGUGGCCAUUGUGCUUUCCAGGAAGAAGGAAAAGAGGAAACACCAGAGAGGACUCACCAGUGUGGACAAGAAGGACCAGUACUAUACAUGGCUGUGGUGAAGUGGGUUACCAGUCCAUCCAUGGGUACAGACAAAGGCAAAGCUCCACACAAUAAAAGAGCAGCGACCCUGCCCUGCUUCCUGAACAAUACAGGGAGAGACCUGAGAACGAAGCUCAAAGAUUUCCCAGGAAAGUAGUCCAAAGUGAUACUGCGGAUUCCUGAGAGUGACACACAAAGACACGGGGCAGUGUUCCAGCAGUUCAACGGCAAUAAGCGCUCUCAAUUAAACCAUCAAUCACACACACACACGGAAUGAGGAGCACGGAGGACAGGACAAAUGUAUAAUGUUGGUGAUUCACCAGUGUGUGUGUGUGUGUGUGUGGUUGGGUGUGUGCGUGAGUGUUAAUUAAUUUGGUCUUGACGACUGAGGGACAUCUGAAGUAUGAAGUAUGCAGACAGUCCAGUCCACAGACUGGAGUGUGUGUCACUGGUUCACCUUCACACUUUGACCCUGACGACAUGAACACCUCUGGGCCGAACCGAGACACCGAGUGUGAGAGCGGACCUGGUAUUUUCCAUGCUCACUAAUGCUCUUAGACUUGAUGAAAAUCCUUCCCAGCAGAGUGGAGAAUGUUUGAUUAAUGCUUGAAGUCAAGAUCCAGACGCAGUACAGCGUGAAUUUUGGAUAUUUUGGAUAACUUGGCAUAAAACCUAUUAAAAACUAUUGUGUGCAAAGCACCAAUAACCUGAAUACAGUGUGACACGGAGCAGUGAGUGUGCACACGACUUGAUUAAGAACAGAGGGAAAAACAAACUUCCUUCGCCACCGUGUGCCUUCCUGUAAAGAUUAGACCUUUAUUGAAAAAAUUCCAGAUCGGCUUAUGGACUCGGGACCUCUCGUCUCCAACAUUGGCCAAUUAUUGAAUAUGCUCUUACACACACACACACACACACACACAUACAAAUACAUACACCUACACUAAUGCAGCACACAAAGAGCAAACAGAGCCCUGGUGUGGGACCACAUUGAUGACGCGUGUUAGCCGGGAUAAUCUCUCCAGUUGGGGCCUCACCCGUGGAGACGUGGAUUACGUUCAGGUCUAGAAGGUUCUUUAAGGACUUUUCUUUUCGUUAAUCACUGAUCUAUGACUUGCUAGAUCUUCCAACACUAACCAUGCAGUGGUUUAACUUGUAAAUAAAAGCUUGUUCCUAAAGAGCCGGGCUUCCUCUUUAUCUACUUGACAUUACACGACUUGGCGCCAUAUUUAAAUUUAGACUUGAUGAAUUUAUUAUUUUUUAAAAUGAAUUCAUGGGGUAGCUCUCAAACUUGUAGCGACUACUACAACUCUCUUCAACGCAUCUUCAACUCUCAACUCAGACAGGUGUCGCCCUCUGUUGGCAGUAUACGUAACUUACAAUGUUGAGUGACCAAGGCAGUGUUUUCGCCGCGCGCCCCCAUUAUCAGAUCAUGCCUAUCUGCAGGCAUCAGCCAUUUUCCAGCAGCUGCGGGAGGAGAAGCCCGUCACGCAUGAACUUCUGCGCUACGCAAAGAAAACGGAGCCGCAGCUUCAGGAGAGCGGAGACAGAGGCACACAGAGACAGGCCUACCAACUGGCCUUCAACACGCUCAAAUAUCAAGAUUUACUUGAAGAGAUCAUCGCUGAGAGCUGCCUCCAAACCUCUCAGCAUAUUUCAGCUGACCUGUUGCCGUUGGUGAUGGUGAUGCUGUGGGACCUCCAGGACAGAAGCUUCGUGCUGCAGGAACGAUCACCACACGAGCAGCCCGUACAGGAAGUGAGGGAGCUGGAGAGCAGUCUGCACAGGUGUAAGACCAAACUGGCAGCAUCUCUGGCUCGCUGCAGGGUGAAACUGAAUCUGCAGAGUGUUUCCUGUUUUCUCUCUGAUUCUGUGAGGAAUAAACAGCACUUUGCAAAACGCCUGCCGAUCUAUGCAUGGGUGAAUACUCUGAAGAUGAGUGUGGAGGAGGUGUGCGAUGCCCUGCACAGGGAUGGUUUGUGCGAAAAGAAAGACGUCGUUGAUCUUGACGACCGGAGCUUCUGCAGAGACGUCCUCUGUCCAGACACACUUGUCUUCUCCCAGCAGCUUCGUCCUCGGCUCCAGGACAGCAGCCUCACCGGCGAACAUGUACUGAACAUACAGGACAGGAGUAUAUGCUUGGCAGUGAGUGCGUUACGCCCCCUGCUGUUUGAGCACAACGAUGUCCUGGUUGUUGGGUCUUUCUCACCCGUGACCGUGGCUCACGUGGCCGUUGUGGCGUCUGCUCGUUCGGCCCGAGCUCUGAUGUGCGGCGCUGAUCAUACGGCCUCACAGUUAGAAGAGAUUCAGGAACGGCUCAAAGACAUGAGCGUCUCCAAUGUGAGAAUCCUGUCUGAAGCUUUCUGCGGGUUGAGCGAGGGGGACACGGCCCUGCAGCGUGUGAAGGUCGUCGUGGUGCUGCCUCAGUGUUCGUCCUCUGCCCUCAACGACCCUGUGCCCGUCAUACACAGUGAACAUGGAGACUGGGAUCUUCUACCAGACUUGUCUCAUGGUCAGGUGUCCAAGCACAAAAUUCACACAAUGUCCAGCCAACAGUCAAGACUGUUAGCACACGCUCUGACCUUCUCCAAGGUCCAGACAGUGGUCUACUGCACACGCUCAGUUUAUCCAGAGGAGAAUGAACAGCUGGUGAAAAGAGUGUUGGAAAAAACACACACUCACCCCAAACUGCUGCCCUUCAGGGUCAACGGUCCAGUUUUCCCUGAUGAUUCCCAGCUGGAGGACAAAACAGACUCCAAGUUCUUCAGGCUCGGACCGUCGCGGUUCACCAACGGCUGCUUCGUGGCCCGGCUGUCCAGACAGGCAGACCCCACGAAGGUAGAGACGGUCCAGGAUGUGCUAGCGAGGGCAGCAGCCAAAGGCCUCCUGGGAGGGAUAUUGCCUGAACAAUUAAAACCUGGCAAAAAAGCCAAAAGCAAGAAGGAUCCCAGACCUCCAUCUCCAAACCAGGAUCCAACAGCACCUGUAGAGGGUGAGGGAGACCUGACGAAGAGUGACAAGGAAGAGGAGAGCCAGGCGGAGGAAGAGGAGGCUGAGAAAGAGGAGGAACAGAAGAAAACGUCAAAAGGACGCAAGCGAAAGGUCAAAAGACGAGGGAAGCAAACCAGCAAAGACCCCAAGAAUGAUGCUACCGGCCAGAAGAAGAAAGCAGGCACCAAGGCCAACCAAUCACAUCACAGCAGGCGUCUGACGAAGAGCAAAAAAAGACGAAUACCUCGUCUAACGCUGACGUUGAUGUCCUCAGAACAACCAUCCAAAGACCUGUCCCCAAUCACAGCCCUGGCCCAUAGAAUAAGUGAAAAUCAGCAGACUGCCCACAGCGCUCCGUCGACCGCAGCCAAACAUCCGUCACCUGCUCGAGCUGCUCCGUCCACUGCCCCCGCCGCCUGCACACAGACUAUUGGGAAUAAACCCACACGGCCACUAAAGACUAAGACUGACCUGUGUAGACCUGACCAAGUGUCAGAUUAUGUCCUUCCACCAAUUUCCCGCCCGUCCUCCAGUUCUGGUUCGUCUACUUCACAACGUCAGCCUGCGAACACGUCAGCCCCUUCAACACGCCCUCCUGCCUGAAUAAACAUGGAAAUAUUUAAGAAUAACUACUUCAUGAAAAAUGUCAUGCUUCAAAUCCUACACAGGUCUGGUGAUUAUAACAGUGUUAGUGAGCAUCAUGAAGGAGACGUCCCCAGUUAAACAUCAGACAGUGGACACCAUGUCAGAUCCAAGGAGCUCCGAGGCCUUCAGGAAGAAGAUCUUAGCAUUUUAUGAGUCCAGUAAAGGAUAUAAAACGAGUGCAGUAAAACCAUCGCACUGUCCGGAAAGUAGUCUAUAAGUGGACGCCUUUCAAAACAACCUCCAACGUUCCCAGGUCUGCCUGUCCAAGCGUGUUCACCUACGGAGCAGACUGAUGUAGAGCUGUCAAUCAGUUCACAUUUUAGUUCAGAUCAAUCACAGGGAAGCUGAGGAUUAAUCAUGAUUAAUCACAAACUUAAUCAACCAUAAUCACGAAAAAUCCAGGUCAGUUUUCAUUCCCAAAUACGACACAAAUGUUUUUUUCUAUAUAUUCCUGGUACGGAAAAACAAAUACUGUAACUAUGGAAUUAUUAAUUCCAUAGUUACACACACACAGAACUAUGGAAGACAGAUACUGAUUUUGAAAGGCCCUUCCUCCAUGUUAUGGUUCAACUACAGAAUACCUUUAUCUUCCAGUAUUUGUUCAAAUUCACCUCAAACAUCCACAUGUACAGGAAAUUGACAAAAACACACAGGCUUUCAUAGGGUUUCCUGGACCAAAGGUGAGAAUCUGAAAGUUUGUUGUGUCUUCCAUGAGAAAUGAUGAAAAAGACAAAUAACAAAAGAAAAAAAAUUGCAAAUGUCUGAUGCAGCAUCUAGAAAAAUGCAUUUGCCCUUUCAGUUUGUGUCUUCGUCAGACACUGAACCAAUGGAACGGCUGCAGACUUAUUAGGCUGCUGAGGAAAACAGAGGGGAAAGGGUCAAAUAAGCAAAAAAUAAAUAAAGGAACUGUGCUGAAGUAUUCUUUUAAAGCAACAACUCAGCUGAUAUGUGAAUAUUUCUCUUAACAUGAAGUUAAAUUCCAUAAUAACAGAAUUGAUUGGAAAUACAUCACAUCAAUAAUUAAUGUUAAAAAAUAAUUAAACAAAUCCCAAUUCCAUUUUUUAAGAUUUUCAGGCUCCAACUUUUACAGAACAUUAGAAUAAUCGUCGACUCUUUGAACUCUUCACACACGUGUUAUUUCAGGUCAUAAAUCAGCAUGUUAGUAUCACGUUAGUAAGUACAGUCACCCAGAAACAGACUUCCUGUUAAAGAAAAAAAAAAAAAAACUUUCUCCAUCAUUUACAUCUUUG